CUCCGUCUAACCAGGUCUCUGGCCUUCUUUCCACAGCGUGCGGCGGGACGGUGCCGGCCUGAGCUGGGUCUUGUCUGAUGGCUUCCUCCGACCCUCCUCCACAGCCUGACAGAGGAGAUCAGCUGGUUCCGGGCGCCCCAGGCCCCUCCCACGAGGCGGAGGAGGACCCCGGAGAGGCCUUUGAGUUUGACGACAGUGAUGAUGAAGAGGAUACCAGCACCGGCCUGGGCGUCCCCAGCUUGGCUUCCGAGAGGGACACAGAACCCUCACUGAUCCACUUGGACUCCACCCCUGUCGCUGACCCAGACCCAGCGGCCGCGCCACCUGGCACAGAGGUGCCGGCUGUGGUGAGCAAUGGGGAUGCAGCCUUCUCUGGGGUCCGGCACUCCAGCUGGAAGCGCAAGAGCUCCCGUCGCAUCGACCGGUUCACCUUCCCCGCCCUGGAAGAAGAUGUGAUUUACGACGACGUCCCCUGCGAGAGCCCAGACGCCCAUCAACCCGGGGCGGAGAGGAACCUGCUGUACGAGGAUGUGCCCCGGGCAGGGGCGCCUCGCGAGGCCGAGGACCUAGGCUGGAGCUCCAGCGAGUUUGAGAGCUACAGCGAGGACUCGGGGGAGGAGGCCAAGCCGGAAGUGGAGCCCGCCAAGCACCGAGUGUCCUUCCAGCCCAAGCUUUCUCCAGACCUGACUAGGCUAAAGGAGAGAUACGCCAGGACUAAGAGAGACAUCUUGGCUUUGAGAGUUGGGGGGAGAGACAUGCAGGAUCUGAAGCACAAGUGCGAUUGUAAGAUGACCCAGCUCAUGAAGGCUGCCAAGAGCGGGACCAAGGAUGGGCUGGAGAAGACAAGGAUGGCUGUCAUGCGCAAGGUCUCCUUUCUGCACAGGAAGGACGUCCUCGGUGACUCGGAGGAGGAGGACAUGGGGCUCCUGGAGGUCAGUGUGUCGGACAUCAAGCCCCCAGCCCCGGAGCUGGGCCCCAUGCCGGAUGGCCUGAGCCCUCAGCAGGUGGUCCGGAGGCACAUCCUGGGCUCCAUCGUGCAGAGUGAAGGCAGCUAUGUGGAGUCUCUGAAGCGGAUACUCCAGGAUUACCGCAACCCCCUGAUGGAGAUGGAGCCCAAGGCGCUAAGCGUCCGCAAGUGCCAGGUGGUGUUCUUCCGCGUGAAGGAGAUUCUGCAUUGCCACUCCAUGUUCCAGAUUGCCCUGUCCUCCCGCGUGGCCGAAUGGGACUCCACCGAGAAGAUCGGGGAUCUCUUUGUGGCCUCGUUCUCCAAGUCCAUGGUGCUAGAUGUGUACAGCGACUAUGUGAACAACUUCACUAACGCCAUGUCCAUCAUCAAGAAGGCCUGUCUCACCAAGCCGGCGUUCCUUGAGUUCCUCAAGCGACGGCAGGUGUGCAGCCCGGACCGUGUCACCCUCUACGGGCUAAUGGUGAAGCCCAUCCAGAGGUUCCCGCAGUUCAUCCUUCUGCUUCAGGACAUGCUGAAGAACACGCCCCGGGGCCACCCUGACAGGCUGUCGCUCCAGCUGGCCCUCACGGAGCUGGAGACACUGGCAGAGAAGCUGAAUGAGCAGAAGCGGCUGGCUGACCAGGUGGCGGAGAUACAGCAGCUGACCAAGAGCGUCAGCGACCGCAGCAGCCUCAACAAGCUGUUAGCCUCGGGCCAGAGGCAGCUGCUCCUGUGUGAGACGCUGACGGAGACCGUGUAUGGUGACCGCGGGCAGCUGAUCAAGUCCAAGGAGCGCAGAGUCUUCCUGCUCAACGACAUGCUGGUCUGCGCCAACAUCAACUUCAAGCCUGCCAACCACAGGGGCCAGUUGGAGAUCAGCAGCCUGGUGCCCCUGGGGCCCAAGUACGUGGUAAAGUGGAACACGGCAUUGCCCCAGGUGCAGGUGGUGGAGGUGGGCCAGGAUGGUGGCGCCUACGACAAGGACAACGUGCUCAUUCAGCAUGCCGGUGCCAAGAAGGCCGCUGCUGUGGGGCAGGCCCAGAAUAAGGUGUACCUCGGCCCCCCGCGCCUCUUCCAGGAGCUGCAGGACCUGCAGAAGGACCUGGCUGUGGUGGAGCAGAUAACACUCCUCAUCAGCACCCUACACGGCACCUACCAGAACCUGAACAUGACCGUGGCUCAAGACUGGUGCCUGGCCCUGCAGAGGCUGAUGCGGGUGAAGGAGGAGGAAAUCCACUCGGCCAACAAGUGCCGCCUAAGGCUCCUGCUUCCCGGGAAACCUGACAAAUGAGGAAGGCAAGCCUCAGAGAGUGACAUGGGAGUCUGAAGGCCACAGAGUAAGAGACAGAGCUGGGUCCUGGUGGGGUCGGACUCUGAAGCCCAGGCUGGUGGAGUGAGGGGGCUCAUGGCC